AUGAUCACAUGUUACACCAGACCAAUGCCGGAUGGACAAUACGUGGCCCAUGUCAUCGUGGACGGAGUUCCCAUUCCCGAUAGCAAAAUCUGCAGAGGCAGUUACAAACCGUACCACUGCAGCAUUUAUGUUGCCUGGUAUCGCACACCUACUAUAUACUCUGUGACUCCAGUCAGCACCCUUCCAGGGAGCGUUUUGACUAUACGUGGCCGGAUAUUUACUGAUGUGUACGGGAGCAACACUGCAAAGAGUUCAAAUGGUGUCAAUGCCAGAUUUCUGAGAGCCUACGUGACAGGAAUGCCGUGUGAGCUGCUUAAACCCGACUCAGAUGACCUAUACCUUCUGAAACUGGACAGUGAACAGUCUUGGUGGGGAUACAUGAGCUGCAGGAUGACGGGAAGUUACGUUGGGCAUCACAACAUGAGUUACAUUUUGGAUAGUCACUAUGGAAGGAGUUUGCCCGAAAAGUCGGUAUACAGGAUCACGUCUUUGGGGAAGCUCGGCAUGUUGCAGACUUACGCAGAUGUGAAAGGAGUCACACCAUCCUCCGGCAGCGUCAUGGGCGGAACCUUCAUAACCAUCCACGGUCGCUUCUUUGAUGAAACCGAUCACCCUGCUCGUGUUCUGGUCGGAGGUAAUCAUCACUAUCUUUACCUAAAUCUACCCUAGAGUCGUGCCAACUCUUUUAAUCAAUAGCACGAGAUGUUCGGUAUGAACAGAUGUGAGUUUCCACCAAACGAGACACUUAAUGAUGCAUUGUUCAGGAGUGUUAAGUCACGCGGUGGUGAUAAUCCUCUUCAACAAAGCUCAGUGUGUGCAUUCUUUAAACAAAAGAGGAGAUGUGAAGCUGUUGCACCACAGACGAAAGAAUCUUCCAAAUGUUCAGAGGCUCAUCAGACCAUG